AAGGUUUUCUCAACGAUAACAACUAUUGGUUAUGGAUACAUCUACCCGGUAACGAAAGCUGGACGAAUAUUCUCAAUUUUCAUCAGUUUCAUUGGAAUCCCGUUUACGAUAGUCAUUAUAAAAGACUUAUCCUACAUCAUUGCAAAGCUCAUGAAUUUUCCAUGUGAAGUUCUAGCCAAGCUAUGGACCAUUUUUCGAUUCUGCACACUACGACCUGUUAACGAAGAUGAACUUAAUAGAAAACUUCAUGGUGACCAUGGUGAAAGGAAGGAUUACCGGCUGCAUAAUAUGGAGCGUCUACUAGCCAUACCGGUAAGCGAUUCUACAAUAAAGGAUGGUGGAUGA